AUGGAACAGCGCGCUAAAAAUGAAAAAGAGACGCCUCCUCUUUUCGCCUUGGACCCUCUAGGCCGCGCCUUCCCGCCUCUCGCGCUGCCGCUCCCGCCGCAUAUGGCUACUUGGACACCUCCAAAUCUAGCAGAAGCCCCGCAGGCUGGCGCUCCUGUGGCGCCCGAACCACAACGCAACGGGCGCCUCCGUGUGAACCGCGCAUGCAAACGCUGCCGCACGCACAAGAUCAAGUGCUCGGGCGUGCUUCCGUGUACGAACUGCACCCGCCAUGGCACGGUGUGUGCAUUUGGGCGAGAAGAGCCGCCCGCAAAAGUGCGCCGAACGACGUCGCCCGAGCAGGAAAGAGACGACAACGCCGCAUACACACGGUACUUGGAGCAGCGUGUGCGGUACUUGGAAAACUUGCAGGCCCAGAUGUUGCAGGCGCAAGCAGGCGGCGUGGGCGAAAUGGGCCAUCGAAACGACAGUAGCAGGCCCUCGGAAAACGUGGAAGACGAUCUCGAGCGGCCAGACGUGAUGGUGGUGCCGACCGAUGUGGCAGGUCUACUGCGGCGGUCGCUGACCAAAUGGCGCCUGAACCACCGGUCGCAGCUUGCGCUUGUCAACGUGCUCUGCCGAGACAUGUACGACGAGCUUUCGCCCCAGGCGCAAACACAGGUGAGCGUGCCUCGCGUCCAGUAUUUUGCCUGGAACAUGAGCGGGUGCCACUACCUCCUGCCGCCGCGGUUCCCGCCGCCGCCGGCCUUGGCGAUGUCGGCCGAGAGAAAGGCGCACUACGUGGACUAUUUCUUCCGGGAAAUCAACCCGUUGUAUGGCGUGGUGCACGAGACGGUUUUCCGGGAACAGCUUGCGGCCAGCGACGGCGACACCAAGUCCAACUUUGCUGUCCUCUUCAACGCCAUGCUCGCCCUCGUGUACGCAUUGAGUAUCCGGUUCACGGAGUUUUCUGCGGCCACGGGCCCCGACAUGGCAAUGCUCCGCUUGGAAGAAGACCUUUUCCAGUACGCCCACAGCGUUGUACAGGGCAUCCUGUUUGAGUGGGAGCUGUUUGAGCUUAUCCAGUGCUGGCUUUUGGUGACGCUUUACUUGCGGGUCACGCACCGACAAACGUCGACAUACAAUGCGUUGGGCCGUGCUGUCCACAUGUGCCGGGCCAUGGACUUGGGGCGGCCGGUGGAGGCGGGCAUGGCGCCGUACGAGCGGCUCAAGGCGCGGCGCAUUUUCGAGUGCGUGUUUUGCAUCGACCGCCUCGUGGGCUUUUUGGGCGGCCGCCGCCGCACGUACCCGUUCAUGGACAUUCUGCGGGCGCCGCCCAAACGAGAUUAUGCGCUGGCCCGUGACGACUGGCACACGUUGCCCGCGUUCGCCAUGGGCCAGAUUGCGCGGGCGCUCGACAUGGUGCGCCCAGAGGCAGACGACUUUGCGUGCGCGCGCACUCGCGCCAUCGACGCCGAGCUCGAGCUGUUGGGCGCGUGGCUCGAGGAAAACGGCUUUGGCGACGACAUUGGCAAGACCGACGAGGCCGAAUACGUGCUGCCGGCUGUGCGGGCGCAGGUGCGGCUCCAUUUCUAUGAUGUGGUUCUUGCCGUGCACAGCCGCAGCAUGUUCGCCCUUCUGGGGCUCCCCAUGGGCUAUGGCAUGCGGCUCGAGGUUGUGCGGGCCGCGGGCGCGGGCAUUAUUCGCGUGGUGCAGCAGUUGGAGGCCCGCGCGCUCUUGUACAUGCCGUGGUACACCACGCUUCUGUUGGUGUUCAGCGCCGCCGUCAACUGCCUCGUGUUCAUUCGUGCCAACGUGGCGGUGCGCGAGGCGCGCCAGGUUUUGCGCGGCGCCAUGGCGUUGGUCGAGCGCCUCCAGGACUCGCCGGUGCGCGACGCCACGGGCAAGUUGGUUUUCCGCGAGCGCUUCAAAAUGGUGCGCGAGUGUCUGUGGGUGCUCAAAAUGGCCAAUCACAUCAUGAGUCUUCUUUUUGCCGAGUCUGCCAGCGGCUUGCAUGAGUUGGGUAUUGACCAUGGCCCCGGCGAUGUCAACAAGCAGUAUUUUGCCCAGUUUGGCCUCGACGGCGCUCCGGCGCAAGAUGCGCUCGAAAAACUUGCCCACGACCAGAACCAGCGCGCCCAUACUCCUGGUUACGGCGCGGACAUUGUAGAGAGUUUGCGCUGGUUCGACCACUGGUUGGAUUUCGAUGGGGCAUGA